ACUAUCAAUCAAGAUCAAAUUAAGUUUCAAAGAGGUACGGCAAAAGUCUACGAAGUCUCUCGAACAACGUUACAGCGUCGAUGCACUGGUAUGCUUACCCAACGCGAUUGCCGACCUAACUCAAAAAAGCUUACUAAGGUAGAAGAAGAGGUGAUAGUUAACUAUUUUAAUCUAGAUCUACGUAGAUUUUUACCCACCUAUGCAGCCGUGCGUAAUAUAGCUAAUAGACUCCUUACUACGCGUAGCGCA